AUGCCGAAGUCCACCUCUCCACCCCCUUUUAAAAUCCACGUUGAUCCCUCCUGCUUGACGGACGAUACGGACCUGGAGAUGCCUGCUGAGCGUACGGAUUCUGACGAGACGAUCGCGCAUCACGCUUCCUCUGAACAGGAGGACAAUGAGGGAGAUGUGACGGGGAACGACGAGGAGAAGCCGGUCAGCGACGAUGCGAUGGAUGGUGCGAAUGAUGACGCAAAUGAUAAUUCAAAGGAGGAUACAAAGGACGACGUAAUAGAUGAUACGAAGGACGAUACAAUGGACGAUACAAAGGACGACGUAAUGGACCGUGCAAAGGACGAUGCGGAGGACGAGUGUCCUGACGAUGCAAAGGACGAGCUUCCUGACCAUACAAAGGACGAUGUAGAGGACGAGCUUCCUGACGAUGCAAAGGACGAGCUUUCUGACGAUGCAAAGGACGAGCUUCCUGACGAUGCGGAGGACGAGCUUCCUGACGAUGCAAAGGACGAGCUUCCCGACGAUAAGGAGCAAAGAGCCCGCGAGCGACAACUCGACCGCUUAAAUGCCCAGAUUCAAGCCGCUGCUCGUGCAGUGGUAGCAAGCAUCGAAGAAGAUAACUAUCUUGGUCAUGAAGACUCGGUGUUGAGUGCGCAAACGGACGAUAGCUACUAUCAGGAUGGCUCGGUCUUAACAUAUGAGGGAACGGAAGGGGAUUACGAAACUGAAGAGGAGCAGCAUGACCAGGAUGGUGAAGGGGAAAGGGAGGGCGAGGAGGACCGUGAGGGAGAGGAAGAUCGUGAGGGGGAGGAAGAGCGUGAGGGAGAGGGCGAUUCAAGCUCGCAGCAUGAUGGCGAUAUCGAUGAUGAUGUGUUCAGUCAUUCUCAAAACAGCAAUCGGAGCAGCUUGAAUUCUUGCCACGAUACAAGUGAUGAGGCGCAUCAGAGCAAGGAACUUACUUCUCCGGCUGUUGGAGAAGAGGAUGCAGAACCGAUUUCGAGGAUCCCAAGUGAGACAUCCUAUUCACCGAGGGAUUCGAUGCAACGAACUCCAAGCAAAGUCCUCUCUCGACCGCCAUUUCGAACACCAAGUUCAGUGCGAGCAAUGCAAAUGUCCUCCCCUACAGCCUCGAUCUUCUCGUCGCCGCGCUCUGCGAAACGGCACCUUCCGACUGUAUCUCGAAUAGGGACUCCCUCUUCGCACCCCUCGUACUCGCCGUCUAAGAAAACACCCACCCGUUUCAAAGUCAAGAAAGAAUACCCACUCGUUCUCCUACACGUCACCGUUCUCCCUCUCACCUGGACCUACGCACACGUCAUCUCCUCCCUCGACCUCCCGCCCUCGCUGCAAGGCGUAAAAGAGAACUGGAGGCUCCUCCACGAGAAACUUGGCGACACCGUCCUGGAGCGCGGGAUCCUUCUGCCACACCCGCAGGACUCCUACGAGGUUCUUGAGGAGCGUCUGCUGGAAGCGCUUGAGCUCCCUGUGCGUCCCAGCGUGAGGAUCUUGAAAUGCGGACAUUACAUGGGCCCGGAAAUGCCCUCUUCUGAUGAAGAGGGGCGGGAUGAGUAUCCUGGGAGUGAAGGGAGGAGAUGGUGCGACAUCUGUGGGCGGGAUGUCAAGAUUGACAACAGCGGCAUGGAUUUAAGUGGUGAAAGAAGAUUCCGGGUCAAGAUUUAUGCCUCAAAUGGGUUGAUGCGAGCCGGUGCUUGGGCCGCGGCGUGGAGAGAGAUGGAGAGAGUCGAUGUCGAGCUUGAACCGUUUGUCGAACCCUCCUUAGCCAUGGAAUUGGAGAAUCUGGCUGCUAUGACAGCUCAUGCGCAACAGCUCGUGCAUGUACCUGGGGAUGAUGGAUUUGUUGAUGAGGAAGAGUAUGUCUCGGAACAUGUGCCUGAGAAAAAUAUCGACGAAGCCGCGAUUAAGCAGGAAGAGGAAGAGCGGAGAAGAGCACAAGAGGAAGAGGAAGAAGCCAUGAGACGAGCGAUGAUGGAAGAAGAGAAUAGGAGGGCUCAAGAGGAAGAGGCUAUGAGGCGCCAGAUGAUGGAGGAAGAGAGCAGGAGGGCGCAAGAGGAAGGGACCAUGAGGCGAGCCAUAAUGGAAGAAGAGAGCUCGAGAGAUAUCUAUGGUGAUGCCCAUCCACCAGCUGAUUCAAGGCCGAGAUCCGCGAGGUCAUCUCCAAAGCGGGUCGAACAUGGAGACUCCUUGCCGGAACUGCUGUUUGCGGCAAUCAAGGUCGCCAUGAGGGAUAGCAAGAAUGUCGCGAUCUUGGUUCUGAGCAUGCUGGUGGUAUUGCUUGCCCUGAGGCCUGGUCCGAGUCCCAGAAUCUAUAUGGAGUCGAUGGCAAGAGAAUCCGGCUUGCAGCAGGUCAAUCCGGGUGCAAAUGAGCCGGUGAAGGUCCCGCCUCCUGCCGACAACUUCUCCCCUAACCCCGUCAAUGUUCACGAAACGGCGAGGAAUUACGCGCCAGUAAUCCCCGAGGUUUUGAAAGAUUCGGCGAUGACCCUCAAUGUUCCCGAAACGGUGAGGAAUGGCGCCGCAGAGAGGCCAGUAAUCCCUGAGGUCUUGAAUGAUCCCGCGAUGGAGAUGCCAAUGAUUCCGAAAGUCAUUCGGGUGGCAGAGAAAGGAGCCCCCGUUGUCCAAAGCACAGUCAAAUCAAAUCCUCCUAUUCCGAACGCGCCCACUCAAGAUUCCGCUUCGAAUGAACUCCUCCGCUCAACUCGACCUGUCCCUGUCGACAGUAUCCCCAAUCAACAGCGGCAAGUCGCAAACCCGCCUGCUCAAGAUUUCGCGUCGAAAGAACCCCUCUAUUCAACCCAGCUCACCCCUAUCGACAACAUCCCUCAACAAGACCAGCAAAUCGAAAAUCCGCCGAUUGCAACAGAGGGCAGCGGCAACUUGGUCCUCCCCCUAGUGCAGCCACGCAAUUUUGACGUUUCCGCAGAAGCAAAUAAUUGA